AUGUCAUCAUUAGCAUCACUCCUACGCACACCGCACUUCACAUAUACACAAACAACAGGAGAAGACGCAUAUACUUCACAAACGGUAAUGUCUGCGUAUAAUGAAGUAUCGGUUGCAGAUCGUGUAGUUAGAGCUUGUGCGUGGUCAGACGGUUCUGCAGAUUUUGUUUUUGGUGAUGGCACUGUUCUUUCUUUCUGUGAUGAAAUGCAGACAUUUGUUGCCAUCACGGCAAAUGUAACUCCUUCACAUACUACUAAUACUAAUACUACUAGUACUAAUAAUAAUUAUAGUAGUAGUAGUAGUAGUAAAGCCACUUCUUCUUUGGGAGUAGGUAGUUGUGAUAUCACUGAAGGGGAUUACUUCUUUACAUCUCUUACCCUUUCCAAGUAUGAGAAUAAGGUAAAGGAGGCUUUACAAAUCUAUAAUUAUUACUCUCCUCGUCCUCGUAUUAUUGCCGGCCUCACCGCAACUACGUGUGAAGUUUGGCGAUUACAUAGUCCCAUUGAUUCCCUUGUCAUUGCAGCCGAUCGUAAAUUAUUUGAACGGCAUGGAUCCCGUGCAACUCUCUGGUGUGCACUGCGGCGGAUUUCACUCACACUUCAUGGUGGACGGAUUACUUUUUCUGUGCGUUGGCCUGCACAGGCGGUUGAACGGAAUGGAGCCCGUUCUAUUUUUGUUCGGCCUGUGGAUGAGAAUGGAUAUGUGCGGGGAACACUUGCGAGUCUGCGGGCUUUUCAUUAUGUGUGGGUGGAACAGACAUUUCCCGUGGAGGAUCCACCAAUGGAAUGGAGGGAGAUGUUAGAGACAGCAUUGCAGCUCGAUGCGGAAGAGAAAGAAGAGGAGGGUGUUAGUCAUCAUAAUAAUAAUAAUAAUAAUAAUAAUAAUAAUAAUAAUAAUAAUAACAACUUCUCUCAAUCAUCUAUACCACAAGAGAAAGAAAAAGAAAUAGAGAGUGUGAAGAAUGAUGAUAAGAAGAAAGAAGAAGAAGAAGAAGGAGGAAGUGUGGGAGGGAAUGGUGAAGAAGAGAGUAUAAAGAUGUUGUAUAGAACUACUCCCCGUACAGCCCAAGACCGACAUCCGUGUCGAUUUUCAAAGUUAAGAAGAGAUCACAUUCACGCCCUUAUCGCUACUACACAAAUGCAAAACGCUACUUGCAAUAGACAUAUAAGAAAUCCAUGGGAACGAGUUCUCUGGCGUUAUGAUGCUGAUCCUGUUGGACGUAUUCCUCAUGCCGUUUACUGGGGACUUCACGCACGUGAUCUAAACAACGAAAAUGAGAAUAACAUACAUAAUGAGAAACAUAUGUAUAACCAUAGAGAUAUGGGAUCAUCCCCUAUGCGUGGAGUCCAACACUUUUCACCGGGAUCUGUACUUGCAAUGGUAAGAGAGGAUGAAAGUGCUGUUCUUGCAGAACCAAAAGGAAAGAGUUACAUUGUACAUCACUGGCGUCGUGAUGGGACACACAGUCAAUACCAUCAAAGCUCUGACGGUGAACUCGCACUACCACCGGUGAUUAUUCCUACACAGCAAAAAAGUAGAAAUGUAUCUACACAAGAAAAUAUGAGAGUUGGUAAUAUGAUGCGAAACUCUUUAGAUGAGACAUCUAUAUUUAUAGAGGGUGACCGUAGUAAUGGUAUAGUAAAUUCUAAAAUUUCAUCAUCUUCAUUGUAUUUUAGUGGUAUUCUUGAAGAAGUUCCAUUAUCUUCUCUUAAUCGUGGUCGUUAUCUCCCAGAAGUGGGUACAUCAUGUAUUCAGAUAUCACAAUUGAAUCUUGCAUCUUUUCGGGCACAAAGAGAAAGAGAUCUUGGUGAAAUGGCAUCUAUUGUUACUGGAAAUACUCAAUUAAACUCUAUAUCUAGAUUAGGUGGUAAUGACCCAUUAACUUCACCUAAUGAAGAAACUGAAGUAAAUUCAGCAGAAGCCAUAUUGGAUAGAACUCGAAUGCGUAUUCUUUCUCAUGAUCCCGCUCUUGCCAUGGCCGCUGCUGAAGGGAAUGUUGUGUAUUUAACAAGUUUUAUUGAUGGAAUUGGUAAUUUUACAGCCUUAACCAAUGGAACGAUAAGAUGUCACUUUGAUGAUCGUACUAUUCUUUUUCUAGUUCCUGGUGUAGAUGAUAGUGAAGAGAAUAUGGUAGCUACUUGUCUUUUCCGAGAUGCCACACAGUGUUCCAUGCGGCUUGUAAAGUGUCUUCCUCAUCAUCCUAUGUUUCGAUAUAUCACUCAUGCCCUUCAAUUCCGUCGUUUUGCUCGUCUUUCACCGGAAUCUCGAAAGAAUGUUGUAGAGGAUAAUGAGGCUAAAAUGAAGUUAAUAUUAACAUCCUCACAGGAGACAGAGUGGCGUAGGGAAAAUGAAGUGGAACGGGAGUUGCAGGAAAUGAUGAGUCGAACACAAGAACUUCUCUCAGGGAAUGAGGAGUUGGGUCGAAUGAAUCGUUCACUUCUACACGGGGAAGAUGGAGAUGGUUCUUCUGCGUAUUUCUCAUGA